UACAUCGCCGACAUCUACAAGUGCCCAUCCCACCCAAAGAUUCGGCUAUCUUUCUUAUCUACGGAACCUAUCAAAAAUGCUGGUCUUAUGUUAGUAUCUCAAAAAGUGCUGUUGCCUAGGGGAGCUGGCUACACUCUCGAUAACUUAGCAGCUGUAAAACUUCUGAACGAUCUCACAGCACUGACGGUUAAUGGAAUCACGCCGUAUACUUCGCCAUUACAAAGUGCAAAACUUUAG